GAUAAAGCCCAACCAGUACUGAGAAGCCUUUCUUCAUAAGACCUCAAGACUUUUUUAAAAAGUGCUCUGAAAAGGAAGGGGAAAAAGGAAAACUGAAGUUAAGAGAAUUUUCCAGUCUGUUUCAGGUGGCUGAUCCAGAAGGAUGCCUCAGUUCCUGCUUCUCACCUGCCUCUUCAUCACAAUUACACCUGCGGCACCAAUGGCCCUAGAUCCUUGUUCUGCUUACAUCAGUCUGAAUGAGCCCUGGAGGAACACCGACCACCAAUUUGAUGAGUCUCAAGGCCCACCUCUGUGUGACAACCAUGUGGAUGGGGAGUGGUACCGCUUCACAAGCAUGGCGGGAGAUGCCAUGCCCACCUUUUGUAUACCAGAAAACCACUGUGGAACCCAUGCACCUGUCUGGCUCAAUGGCAGCCACCCACUUGAAGACGAUGGCAUUGUGCAACGCCAGGCCUGUGCAAGCUUCAAUGGGAACUGCUGCCUCUGGAACACCACCGUGGAGGUCAAGGCUUGCCCUGGAGGCUACUAUGUGUAUCAUCUGACCAAGCCCAGUGUCUGCUUCCAUGUCUACUGUGGUCAUUUUUAUGACAUCUGCGAUGAGGACUGCCAUGACAGCUGCCUGGGUGCCAGCGAGUGCACGUGUGCUCCAGGAACCAUGCUAGGCCCUGACAGGCAGACCUGCUUUGAUGUAAAUGAAUGUGAACAAAACAAUGGCGGCUGUAGUGAGAUCUGUGUAAACCUCAAAAAUUCAUUUCGCUGUGAGUGUGGGGUUGGCCGUGUGCUAAGAAGUGAUGGCAGGACUUGUGAAGACAUUGAAGGAUGCCACAAUAACAACGGUGGCUGCAGUCAUUCUUGCCUGGUGUCUGAACGGGGCUAUCAGUGUGAAUGUCCCCGGGGCUUGGUGCUAUCUGAGGAUAAUCACACUUGCCAAGUCCCCGUGUUGUGCAAGUCCAGCACUGUUGAAGUGAGCAUCCCCAGGGACCUGGUCGGUGGGCUGGAGCUCUUCCUGACCAACGCCUCCUGCCGAGGAGUGUCCAAUGGCACCCACGUCAACAUUGUCUUCUCCCUCAAGACAUGUGGCACAGUUGUCGGUGUGGUGAAUGACAAGAUUGUGGCUAGCAACCUUGUGACAGGUCUACCCAAGCAGACUCCAGGAAGCAGCGGGGACAUCAUCAUCCGAACCAGCAAACUGCUGAUCCCAGUGACCUGCGAGUUUCCGCGCCUGUACACAAUUUCUGAAGGAUACGUGCCCAACCUUCGAAAUGCCCCACUGGAAAUCAUGGGCCGCAGUCAUGGAACCUUCCCAUUCACUCUGGAGAUCUUCAAGGACAAUGAGUUUGAAGAGCCUUACCGGGAAGCUUUGCCCACCCUCAAGCUUCGAGACUCCCUCUACUUUGGGAUUGAGCCCUUGGUGCACGUGAAUGGCUUAGAAAGCCUGGUGGAGAGCUGUUUUGCCACACCCACUUCCAAGAUUGACGAGAUCCUGAAGUACUACCUUAUCCGGGAUGGCUGUGUUUCAGAUGACUCAGUAAAGCAGUAUACAUCACGGGAUCACCUAGCAAAGCACUUCCAGGUUCCCGUCUUCAAGUUUGUGGGCAAAGAUCACAAGGAAGUGUUUCUGCACUGCCGGGUCCUUGUGUGUGGAAUGCUGGAGGAGCAGUCCCGCUGUGCCCAGGGCUGCCACCGGCGAAUGCGUCGUGAGGCAGAAGGAGGGGACACAGCUGCUAUGCAGAGCCAAAUGCUGACAGGCGGCCCAAUUAGCAUCGACUGGGAGGACUAGGAAGCAAACAUCCAAGACCUGGCUUCGGGCUGCCCACCUGUUUUGAACUUCACCCCAUGCCCUCUGAGGAUAUCAGUCAGCGCACUAGAACACCGCCAUUCUUUAAACCUCGUGCUGUGGGCCUAGAAACCCCCAGACUCGAUUCAAUCUGAUUCUGGCCCACUGGGUCAGGAGAGGUCAGCUCACAGCUGACCCACCGGACGCUGAUAGGGCUUCAUCCUCCUACGGCCGAAAGCUAUGCGGUCCACACAGAAAACAGCUCACCCCAUUCCAUUUCUUUACUACAAUAAAACACCUUGUAUAGGAUGCGGUAGUACCACUAAAAUCAGAAGUUGGGUAUAAUAUUUCAAAUUAAGAACCUAAAAAAUUAAAUAGUUGCUUGAAACUAUGAAUUAAAUACCCAAUGAUUCCUCAAAUAUGUAAAUAAUAUGAUACCUAGAAAUUUCAGUUCAAAUACAGAAUAGUUAUAAGGGAUAUGGAAGUUUAUCAAAAUAUGUUUGUACCAAAAGAUACUAUUUGGUUUUUCUCUUUCACA